AUGACUGUUAUCUUUGUGAGAUAUGGAAUCGCGGAUUAUUUCGGAACUGAUCGUGAAUUGAAACGAUUACGAUGUGGUGCAGUGUUGAGUGAUGUCUUGAGCAAAUUGAAAGCGAAAUGGGAUUGCUUUAAUGAUUUGAUCAAUAAUAAUAGCACCAAACCGGCAUGCUAUUGGUAUAAUAAUCUUAGAUUCUACGCGCUCUCAGCUCACGAUAUCACAAUAAAUGCUCUAAUGAUAGCUCUGAACUGUGAGUCGAACGUACUGGAUAAAAUACCAAUGAUUGAUUACGGUGCAAAUAUCGCUUUUGAAAUGUACCUUAUCAAUAAUCAACCCUAUGUAAAGGUACGUUUUUCAUGUAUUUAUUCACUAUUCUUAACAUUUUUAAUUUAG